CUGCGCCAGCCGCUGAAGAGGAGAUUGCUGAAGAUGAACCUGCAGCAGAAAAUGAACUCGUUGAAAAUGAUGAAGGUGAUUAUUUAUUUAUUUUGAUUGCUCAUCUCUUUUCCCAUAUAGUGGAUUUAGCCUCAAAUAAUUCUCGGUGAAAAGCUGACUUGAAAAACCUCGGGAUCCCGAGAGGGACACUUUAUCGAACCAUACUCGAAAUGAACACAUUAUACAAUCUUCCCACGUUUUUAAUGUCAGAGUAUAUUGCACGGUCAAAUUGUCACUUGUUUUUACGCAUUUUCGAGGAACAUUUAAGAAAUGCAAAUUCAGGAUUCGUUAAAUAUUGAACAAGUCUUUCAAGUCUGAGAAAAUAGUGCAAGACACUGUAUGUUAGUACGUUAAUGUUAUUAAUAUGUUUUGAGUCAAAGUUUUUUUUUUAAAUUUUACAAAAGAAACUGAAAAUGACGAAGAUGAACAAGAAGAUGAAGAGAAGAGAGCUAGGAGUAAGUUGUAAUCCUAUCUGUCCUAGUUAUAUAAUUGAGUAAGAUAUUUCAAAUCCUUGAAUGUUUUGAGAUAACAUUUCAUUCCUAAAAACAUUACGGAAAGUUUAUUGAAUUCAUUUUGAUUCCGGACCGCAGGACUAGAUUGAAUGUACUUCUCCAUGUAUAUGCAGUUUAACAUCCAAUAUUCCACUGAGUUGGCUACAAUAUGGUUGGCUAUAAAUAUCCUGAUGGAUGAAUAGAUUUAAUACUGAGUAUAAGAUCAAAGUAUAGUUGACUGAGUUUCAAGCCUAAUAGUAAAUGAAUGUGGCAUAAUAGACUGACAUGUAGUUUGGCUAAUUUUUAAUCAUGAUAGUUGAUGAAUUUGUUGUUCUUCAGGCUUUUAGUAGUCAUAUCCAAAUGGCAUGCAGCAUUGGUUCGUCUUAGUGUAAUCUAUAUGUUGAUCAGAGGCGUAGCCACGCGGGGAAUAGGGUACAGACUCCACGCCACAGUUUUCUUGACAACCAAUUCUUCCCAUAAGUCUUUCCCCACAAAUUAACAGUCUUACAAUCCUUACCAGGCCACAGUUUUCUUCACAACCAAUUCUUCCAAUAUAUACUUUCCCACAAAUUAACAGCCUUAGAAUCCUUACAGACCUCACGCCACAGUUUUCUUCACAACCAAUUCUUCCAAUAAAUAUAUCUUUUCCCACAAAUUAACAGUCUUACAAUCCUUACCAGGAAUCCAAUGGCUUGAGCUUAAGAGUCUGCGUAACCCAAAUUAAGUUAGUGAGCGCGAGUUUGCAGGCUAUCUACGCAGAGACCGCGGAAGCAUUUCGAAAGUGGUGGCCAAAAGGGGCACUUUUAUAUAUGACCAAAAUAAAAGAUUUUACGUCGUUCACGAGUCAAACGAAAAGUUUUGAAAAUAUGGAGUCUCUGACUUUCUAUAACGUCGGAAAUGGCCUUUACAGAGUCUUGACUACUACUUUUUCCAGCAAAAGAGGGAGUUCAUUCAAGAAAUACUUUUUUCGUUCUUUAAAUGGGGCAAUUUAGCCCAGAAAAAGGGGCAUUUUUCACUUUUAAAAAAAGUGGCGGGACACAUGCUCCCAGUCCCCCCCCCCCGGUUCCGCGGCCCCUGUAUCCACAGUUUAGGUCAACAUUAAUCUUAUGAUACUUUAAAGCAAACUUUAAAACUUGAAGUUAAGGCAAAUGUUUAAAUUCCAGCUCCAUGCGCAAACAACGUGGGUUUUUUGAACGCAGGUUAUGAGCUGACUGCUGAUACUACAUAAUUAUAGAUGAAAUAGAAAUCAUAUCCGGCGGACCAUGCUGGAUCCCUUGUCGUUCUGUGUAUUCGACAACAAGAUCACCCCCACCCCCAAACACACACACACUCGUUUGGGGCUGGCUAAAUGGCUACACCUCUGAUCUUGGUCGGUAAACACAGCUAAUUUUGCAAGAUCUUCAUUAGCUAGCAAUGACUCAGGGGACAAAACGGCCUGGGUAAAGUGACAGCGUAUGUUUUUCCUCGCAGAAGGUUCUACCAUCCGUAACUAUAUCUUCUUAUUUUUCUGUUAAGUUUACCGUCGCUGCAGAUAUUGUAACAGAAAAAUUGUGUACAAGAAACUUUACGGAAAAAUCUAUAGAUACUACUGUACCCAACACUGUCGGUGCAAAGGUCGUUGUUAUAUCCGUUGCCACCAUGGUUAUAACUGCAGCAAGUAUAAAGUAAGUUGUCGUAUACAUAUUUCGAAAUAGAUCUAGACCUGUUCCACUUAUUGACUUAUAGCAAUGAUCUGCUUAUAAUGGAAGAAACCGAAGUUCAUUUGCUCUAUUGAGUAUCGGAAUGUUUUCAAGCUGCUCUUCAGAUAUCAAUUGCAACCUCCCGCAGGGGUGGAAAAAGUAUCGGAACCUGGGAACCUAGUUCCCAGAAAUUGUUUUGAGUUGAGAGUUUCGCAGAAAAUUUUCCAGAAAAUAUUUCAACAUUUUGAGAUAACUCUGUUUACUCAACUUACAAGUUACAACUAUUCUACUUUAUUUACACUCUACACGCUAACAUCAGCAGCCUUUUAAAUAUUUGACAGAAAUUAAUUCUUUUACCCACCCCUGCCAUCACAAUGAGGUAAAAUGGUAAAUAUAUGCUCUGCAAAGUCUCCAAUAAAAUGCAAAUUAAAUAGUAAACAAAUAAAAGUGAUGGAAUAAAUAAGAUGAUAGGACACUUAGUUAAGCGUUAGAUCCUUACUAGUUGGUCAUAACUCAUAACUGUGGUAUAUAACAGAAAACUAUUGCGAUGUACGAGCAUAUGAAAACCAGCCUAAAGCCUAUUAUUACUAAAGUACAAAUAAUACAAUAAUUAUGCAUUUGUUUUGUUAUUUUUGUAAUUGUAACAUUGCAAAUUUUGCAGAAAAUUUCUAGCCUUCAACCCAGGUUCCCAGAAAGAAAAAAAAUUUUUCCACCCCUGACAUCCCGUAUAGUGUAUUGUUAAAAUUCCUAAGUGUUAUGCAAGAUUUUUUAAUUAAUUUCUCAGUUGGAUUUUUUGAACUCAUCCCGACUCCACCGCCGAGAACAUAGCCUGCUAGGAAAAGGAUUAAACCUAUUUUUUUGAAAAUACUAAAAAUUAUAUUAUAAAUUUCAUUUGCUAGUGUUCGCGAUACUCGUACCCAAAAUGUCGCCACUAUUAAGAUGACGACGUUUGCUCUGGAAGGACUAUACGAAGAGACUUAA